GCCGUGCGCGCGCGUGCCGAGCAGCUGGUGUGCCUCCUCACGCACGCCGCGAGCGUCGUCGCCGCGCUGCCCGCGCGCGGCCGGGCGGCGUGGGCGCAGGAGCUGCGGCACUACCUGGUGGGGGAGCGUGUGGAGGUGCGCAUCGCGCACGCGUCGUUCGAGUACGGCUUUGAGCUGCAGGGCGCGCGGGAGCGGCUGGUGCAGACGCCGCUGACGACGGCCGCGUACACGACGCUGGCGCAGGCGCUCGCGGCGCGGCGCGGCGGCGCGCCGUUUGGGCCGGCGGGCACCGGCAAGACCGAGACGGUCAAGGCGCUCGGUGCGGAGCUGGGCCGCCCGGUGCUCGUGUUCAACUGCGACAGCCAGUUUGAUCUGCGCGCGAUGCGGCGCCUGCUUGUCGGCCUGGGGCGCGUGGGCGCGUGGGGCUGCUUCGACGAGUUCAACCGGCUCGACGAGCAUGUGCUCUCGAGCGUCUCGCAGCAGGUGCAGGCGAUGCAGCAGGCGCUCGCCGGCGGGGCGGACGCGGACGUGCGGCCGAGCACGGGCCUGUUUGUCACGAUGAAUCCGGCGUACGCGGGGCGCUCGCGCCUGCCGGACAACCUCGUCAAGCUGUUCCGCCGCGUCGCGAUGACGCAGCCGGACGCCGCGCUGAUCGGGCAGGUGCUGCUGCGCGUGCAUGGGUUUGCCGCGGCCGAGGCGCUCGCGCGCAAGAUGGUGCUCCUCUUCCGCCUGUGUGCGGAGCAGCUGAGCGCCGCGCCGCACUACGACUUUGGGCUGCGUGCGCUCAAGGCCGUGCUGGUGCGCGCGGGGCGCCUGCGCCGCGCGUGCGACCUGGACGACGCGAGCGUGAUGGCGCACAGUGUGCAGGACACGGUCGGCCCGCGCCUCGUCGCGGCGGAUGUGCCGCUCUUUGCCGAGCUCGUGCGCGACGUGUUCCCCGGCGUCUGUGCGGCGCCCGCGCCCGACGCGGCGCUGCGCGAGGCGCUGCGCGGCCACGACGGCGCGUUCGUCCACAAGGUCGAGCAGCUGCACCAGGUGCUGCAGGUCGCGCAGGGCGUCGUGCUGGUCGGCGCGGCCGGCACCGGCAAGACGAGCGCGUGGCGCGCGCUGCUCGCGGCGCUCGAGCGCGUCGACGGCCGCCCCGGCGUCGCGCAUGUGAUCGAGCCCAAGGUGCUCACGAAGGACGCGCUGUACGGGCACCUCGACCCGACGACGCGCGAGUGGACGGACGGCCUGUUCACGCACACGCUGCGGCGCGCGCUCGAGGCGCGCGAGCGCGGCAGGCGGCACUGGAUCGUGUUCGACGGCGACCUCGACCCCGAGUGGGUCGAGACGCUGAACAGUGUGCUGGACGACAACCGGCAGCUCACGCUGCCGACGGGCGAGCGCCUGCCCCUGCCCGAGCAUGUGCGCUUGCUCUUCGAGGUCGACAGCGUGGCGUACGCGACGCGCGCGACCAUCACGCGCUGUGGGAUGGUCUGGUUCGCCAGCGACGCGGCGCACGGGCGGUGGCAGCACGUCCUCGACGCCGUGCGUGCGGUGCCUGUCGACGACGACGUCAGCACCGCCGCCGCCGCCGCCGCCGCCGCCGCUGCGCCGCUCCAGUGCGCCGAGGCGGUGGCGCCGUUCCUCGAGGCGGACGGCCUGCUCGCCGCGGCGCUGGGCGUCGCCGCGACGUUCUCCCACGUGAUGGCCCCGAGCGAGGCGCGGUCGCUCGUGACGCUCACGGCGCUGCUGCGCAGCGCGGUGCGGCAGGUGCAGGCGUACGCGGCGCGGCACCCCGACUUUCCGCUCGCGGCGUCUGACGUGCAUCUGUAUGCGCGGCGCGCCUUUGUGCUGGCGCUCGUGUGGGCGCUCGCCGGCGACGCGCCGGCGGCCGCGCGCGUCGCGCUCAGCGACACGGUGCGGCGCCACGUGAUGGAGGAGCUGCCCGGCGCGCGGGGCGAGUCGCUGCUCCUGCACGACGUGAGUGCGGCGCCGGGCGCGCCGUGGCAUGCGUGGGCGACGCGCGUCGCGCCCGUCGAGGUGGACGCGCGUGCGCUCACGACAGGCGACGUGGUCGUGCCAACGGUCGAUACGGUGCGGCACGAGGGCGUGCUGCAUGCGCUCCUCCAGGACGCGCGGCCUGUCGUGCUGUGUGGCCCGCCCGGCUCGGGCAAGACGAUGGUCCUGCUCGCGGCGCUGCGGCGCCUGCCGGACGUGGAUGUGGUGACGCUGAACCUGUCGUCGCAGACGGCGCCCGACGCGCUGCUGCGCACGCUCGAGGCGCACUGCCAGUACGAGCCGACGCCUGGCGGGCAGCGCCUCGCGCCGCGCGCGCCUGGCCGGCGGCUCGUGCUGUUUUGCGACGAAAUCAACCUGCCCGCGCCGGACAAGUACGGCACGCCGCGCGUGCUGGCGCUGGUGCGGCAGCUCGUCACGCAGCGCGGCUUUUGGCGGCAGCGCACGUGGGUCGCGCUCGAGCGCGUGCAGGUCGUCGGCGCGUGCAAUCCGCCGACGGACGCGGGGCGCACGCCGCUGCCCGCGCGGCUCCUGCGGCAUGUGCCGGUGGUGCUGGUGGGCUACCCGUCGGCCGCGGCGCUCGAGCAGAUCUACGCGACGCUCGCGCGUGCGCUCCUGCGCCGCGCGCCCGCGCUGCGUGGGUACGCGGACGCGCUGGCGCGCGGCAUGGUGCAGUACUACGAGGCGACGCAGGCGCACUUUACGCCGGCGCAGCACGCGCACUACGUGUACUCGCCGCGCGAGCUGACGCGGUGGAUGCGCGGCCUGCACCGCAUGCUGCCGGACGACGGCGUGAGCCUCGAGGAGCUCGUGCGGCGCUGGGCGCACGAGGCGCAGCGCGUGUUCCAGGACCGGCUCGUGACGCCCGCGGACCGCGCGUGGAGCGAGGCGGCGCUCGACGACGUGGCGCGCGCCGUCUUCCCCGGCGUGGACGUCGCGCACGUCCUCGCGCGCCCGCUCCUGUACUCGGACUGGCUCUCGCGCUCCGUCGAGCGCGUCGAGCGCGGGGCGCUGCGCUCGUACGCGCAGGCGCGGCUGCGGGGCUUUGCGGACGAGGCGCUCGACACCGAGCUGGUCCUGCACGACGCGGUGCUGGACCUCGCGCUCGCGUGCGACCGCGUGCUGCAGCAGCCGGCCGGGCACCUCCUGCUGGUUGGCGUGGCGGGCUCGGGGCGCACGACGGUCGCGCGCUUCUGUGCGUGGCUGCGCGGCCUCACGCUGUACAGCCUGCCGUGUGCCAAGUCGUACGAUGAGGCGCGCUUUGACGACGACCUGCGCGCGCUGCUGCGGCGCGUCGGCGUGCGGGGCGAGCGCGUGUGCUGGACGCUCGACGAGAGCCAGGUCGCGGCGCCGUCGCGCGUGGAGAAGCUGAACACGCUGCUGGCGAAUGCCGACGUGGCGGGCCUGUUUGAGGGCGACGAGUACGCGUCGCUGCUCUCGGCGCUGCGCGAGGCGGCGCAGCGCGAGGGCCUCGUGGUGAAUGCAGACGACGAGCUGCUCGCCUUCUUCCGCGCGCAGAUCGUGGCGCACCUGCAUGUGGUGCUGACCAUGACGCCGGCGCGGCGCGACGUGGCGGCGCGGGCCGCGGCGGCGUCGCCUGCGCUGCUGAACCGGUGCACCCUGGUGUACUGCUGGUAG